AUGGAAAGCACAAGACUUGGGGUGAGAGAGGUCUACGUCCAAGAUGCCAAUGGCCGGGAAGGGAACCAUAACCCGGACCAUCAGAACCGAGUUACUGAGGUAGAGAACCAGGGUAGGGGCAAUAUGAAAUCGAAUCAUGGUACAAUGGAAGUUCAGAAUGCAGCCGCUCAAAUCUUUACCCAGAAUGCUUCAGCAAGAAUAAAUGGCCAGGGAAAUCGGGAUGGUACACACCCUGACCAAAAUGCUCAAGCUACUAGAGGACGCGUGGAACCCGGUGGCUACAGGAGGAAAUACAGUAGGGGCAGUAUAAUAACAUGUAGGUCCGCCGAUGCCUUGACUGGAGCAGCGCAGGCAUGGUUUUCAACCCUUCAUGCCAAUUCCAUUGGAUCGUUGGAGGAAUUUGGACAAAAAUUCCUUCUGAAUUUUGCAACUAGCAAAAAAUAUCCAAAGUCCGAGUUCGCCGUGGGGAAGAUACGAAAACAACCCGAAGAAACCCUCCAGAGGUAUCUUAACCGGUUUAAGGACGCAAUCUUGCAAGUGUCGGGUUUACCGGAAAAUGUCCACGUACAUCUUAUUGUGGCUGGCUUGGAUGGUGCAUCUAGACUAGCCAAGUCGAUCUAUAAAGACCCAGUAAGAACGUUGGAGGAAUUCAGAACUCGUUCGAAGAAAUACCUAGAGCUCGAACAAGUAGAGAUAGAAAAUGCUCAGUUUGAGGAAGGUAGAAGAGUGAGCCCAAGGAGGAGGAGCCCGACCCCAAGAGAAAAGGAGCGAGCUAUUGGUAAAAAGAAAGAUUCUAGAGGCAAAAAUCUGGAUGAUAGAGACUGGGUUGGAAGGUAUGAGAAGUACACGCCAUUGAAUGCUUCGCACUCUCUAAUUUGGAGGGAAGUGGCUAUGACGGAAAUGAAAAAAAUGGAUAAACCCAGGCCUAUAUUUGACAGAGGAGGGUUGGACAAAUCCAAAUAUUGUGCCUUCCAUAAUGGACCAGGUCAUAACACUGAUCAAUGCUGGGAUCUCCGAGAUGCUGUGGAGAAAUUUAUCAGAGAAGGAAAAUUACGCCAGUAUGUGAUCAAAACUCAAGAUUCCAAGAACAAAAGAAAGUCUGGAAAUCGGAAAAGGAGAGGAGGACACACGGUAAAUGCUAGACGAAAGUACUUAAAGAAAGUACUCUCAAUCCAGGAUCGUCCUAUAUUUAAGAAGGACCCUAGCAAACCAAACCCUCAUUUGCUCUAUUUCACAAAAGAAGACAUGCAAGGUGUCUUGCCAGGGCAUGUGGAUGGACUAGUUGUCACCGGAAUCCUGGUAAGUUACCGGGUUAAAAAGAUCUUCAUAGAUGCGGGAAGUAGUGCCGACAUUAUACUAUGGGGUGCUUUCAAGAAGAUGAACCUUGAUGAGGAAGACCUCAAAACCUGCAAGACAACCUUAAUAGCCUUUAAUGGAGAAAAUAAACCUCUUAAAUGCUACAUAGAUCUCAGGUUAACCCUAGAAACAAAAGAAGCGUUCAAGUCAAAAUGA